UCGCCGCUCCGGCGAAGGCUGGACGUCCUCGUUCAUCUCGCCGCCUCGUCGGUCCUCUGCAACGGCGGCUGCGGCGACAAGGAGGAUCAGGGUCAUAUCCGCGACCACUCGCUCCACCAGCCCCAGCCUGUGGUUAGCCCCCGACGGAGCGCUUGCCUGAGGGGGUGAGAUCCACUGCUGGGUCCAGUCGGCCGCCAAUGGAAGCGGCGGCGGGCGGCAAGCGCGCGUACAGCAUCAUCGUGCCCACCUACAACGAGCGCCUCAACGUCGCCCUCAUCGUCUACCUCAUCUUCAAGCACCUCCCGGAUGUGAACUUUGAGAUCAUUAUCGUGGAUGAUGGUAGUCCUGAUGGAACUCAAGAUAUUGUAAAACAAUUGCAGGAAGUGUAUGGUGAAGAUCGUGUUUUACAGCGAGCUAGGCCAAGGAAGCUAGGACUUGGUACUGCAUAUUUACAUGGAUUAAAGCAUGCCUCGGGGGAAUUUGUUGUUAUCAUGGAUGCGGACCUAUCUCACCAUCCAAAGUACUUGCCAAGCUUUAUUAGGAAGCAAAAGGAAACUGGUGCUGAUGUUGUAACUGGCACACGUUAUGUUAAGAAUGGUGGUGUCCAUGGUUGGAAUCUCAUGCGCAAGCUAACUAGCAGAGGAGCAAAUGUUCUUGCACAGACAUUACUACAACCUGGAGCUUCAGAUUUAACUGGAUCGUUUCGGUUAUAUAAGCGAGGUGUCCUGGAAGAUUUAAUCUCCUCGUGUGUCAGCAAGGGCUAUGUGUUCCAGAUGGAGAUGAUUGUUAGGGCUACUAGGAAAGGUUAUCACAUCGAAGAGGUUCCAAUAACGUUUGUGGACAGAGUCUUUGGAAUUUCAAAACUUGGUGGGUCUGAGAUAGUUGAAUAUUUGAAAGGCCUUGUGUAUCUGUUGCUCACAACGUAAUUGAAGAUGUACUGUAGGCAUCUAACUUCCUGGGUAAAACCGUGUUACAGAGACUUUUGCUGAUGUGUCACUGCAGCUUGAGUUGCGCAUCACACUACUUAUGCCUCCCAACUUGCGAAUGGAUUAUUGUACACAGGUCUUGGUUUGUCGGUACAUCAUUUCACACAACAUGGUGCCCCCUCCUCCCUAUCGAGUUUCAAUAUACUUAUUUUGUUAAACGGUUUAUAAUUCUGAUGACAUGGAAUACAAAUGUUUGCUACCGUUA